UGGUAGACGUGUCCUACUUCCCCUUCGACAACCAGCAGUGCAACCUCACCUUCGGCUCCUGGACCUACAAUGGCAACCAGGUGGACAUCACCAUGGGGAUGAGCAGCGGGGACCUGUCGGACUUCGUGGAGAACGUGGAGUGGGAGUGCCACGGCAUGCCGGCCACCAAGAACGUCAUCAUGUACGGCUGCUGCUCGGACCCGUACCCGGACAUCACCUACACCGUGCUGCUCAAACGCCGCUCCUCCUUCUACAUCUUCAACCUGCUCAUCCCGUGCGUGAUGAUCUCCUUCCUGGCCCCGCUGGGCUUCUACCUGCCGGCCGACUCCGGGGAGAAGGUGUCCCUGGGCGUGACGGUGCUGCUGGCCCUCACCGUCUUCCAGCUCAUGGUGGCUGAGAGCAUGCCGCCCUCUGAGAGUGUGCCUCUCAUAGGGAAGUACUACAUAGCCACAAUGACCAUGAUCACAGCCUCCACCGCCCUGACCAUCUUCAUCAUGAACAUCCACUUCUGCGGCGCCGAGGCCAAGCCCGUCCCUCAGUGGGCCAAAGUGCUCAUCAUCGACUACAUGUCCAAGAUCUUCUUUGUGUACGAGGUGGGCGAGAACUGCACCUCGGCCCAGACCGAGCGCAGCCCGCUCCACGCCGACGAGCCCCACACCAACGGGGACGUGAAGAAGCACCGUCGCCCCGACGACGGGCACCGGCCCCGUCACCACGGCAACGGCGAGACGCUGCCCCGCGGGCUCUCCCAGGACCGCGAGAAGAAGGACGAGGGCUGCUGCGGCGAGAAGGCGGCGGCGGCGUACGCGUGCUCCUGCGGCCACCACGACAAGCUCCUGAGGAACGUGGAGUACAUCGCCACCUGCUUCCGCGAGCAGAGGGCCACCUGCGCCAAGGGCGCCGAGUGGAAGAAGGUGGCCAAGGUCAUGGACCGCUUCUUCAUGUGGAUCUUCUUCAUCAUGGUCUUCCUCAUGAGCGUACUGGUCAUUGGCAAAGCCCCCUGACACUCAAUGCCUGAUAAUUUCCUUUGGUUUAUUUAUUUUUAUUUUUUUUAAACAUGUUCUGUCAGCCCUUACUUGUUGGCUAAAAAAAUCAACUUCAAAUAUGUGGAUGAAUAUUUUUUUUUCCUGGCUUAAAUGAUUAAAAUUGGCUGUGUUAUGGAACAUGAAUUUACUUUGAUCUCAAUAAUAUCAACGCUAGCAGUGUUUGUAAAACUGUGGUCGUUCAGUUACAUUGAAGAGUCAGUUGUCUGCCCUCCGUCUUAUACAGUAUAUGUACGUGACAAUAUUAAUAAUCAGAAAACAUUUAAGUUUAAGUUUAAGUCCUGUGACUUUACUGUAUACCAGUUUUAAAUUAUUUAUCUCCAGUUUUUGUUUUGUUGUUUACUGCUCAACAUAGUUAUUUUGCUUGUUAGUAAACAGCCUUUAACAGACUGUGCUGUUCGUUACAGUUCUUAGUGAUUAUAUGCAAGCUGGUAAACCGAUCUUUAAUUUCCUAUCACCGAUGCUGCUGGAGCGUUGUCCAUGGAGGAGAACACAGCCAUGCUGUAUCUGGUUGACCUGCUGGAAACCAGAUGCUAAUGCUGAACCACAAUGGCUCCUCCCAGGGUUCAGCGCUCAGAAUAUUUUCUGUUCCGAAACAAUGUGGUUAAUUGUUAAUGACCAGCUUUGCUUUCAAACGUGGUGCAAGAUGUAAGACAAUCCACACACACUGCGAAUGCGCAUCAAUAAUGUAUUUCAAUGCAUUUGGCCUUAUGGUGCAUGACAAAGGCAGAGAAACCGUCAUCUCGGAGGGGCGGGGCUUUUAAACUCAGAAAACGAAAGGCCCUGAUAUGGGCUGUACUCUAAAAGAAAAAAGAAAAAAGUUGGCCAUUGUGGAACUUAAAAGCGUGAUUGAGAAACCAAUAUACAUUAAUAAAAUAUCCAGUGCCACUUGAACUCUAACAGUGAUAAUUCAACUCUUAACAGAUAGCAUUUGGUCCCACUCUGCAAUGUGAGACUAAAUGUUAUCCGUUAAGAGUUGAAUUAUCACUGUUAGAGUUAAAUUAACACUGGACACUAUGUAUGCUGCGCACUUUGAUUGGCACAAGUUGAAUGAGCAAGCCCAAUUUUUAGGGGAAGACAGACAGGGUUUUCAGGAAUCCUUGUAAUUCACAUUAUCAAGUAGUCUACCCACCUCAUUCCCAUUUGUUAUAGUUGCAGUUAGCAGAUUACCUCUGUGUACUUCAACUCCCCAGAGACGCUGUUCUUAUAGAUGGUUAUAGAAGGUCUUAUGGACUCACUGCCCUGAAAGGGUUAUGCUCUACAUCGCUUUAUCCAGUCUGCUUCAGGAAAUAUCCCACCUCGUAAAUGGAAGAUGUACAGAAUACAGAGGGCAUAAUGGACAUCUGCUAACACAAUCAAUAAUGUAACAUCAACGCUUAACUCUUUUCUGAGGUGACUGAGCCAAAACAAAAGGACU